AUGCCUACCUCCAAUAACAUGUACAAAGACGACACUGACUGCCGGUCGUAUCACAAAGCCAAGGACAACUUGCGGUAUAAUGCCGGACGUGCAACCAGGAUGAUAAAGAUGCCUUUGUUACUAGACAAUAAGUACAUUCAUUUAAUCUUGCCGAAAGACUAG